AUGGUGUACACGUGGUGUUUUUGUUGGUGGAUAUUACCUUUUAUAUUUGGACAACUUAAUAUACACUAUGCAAAAGCAGCUUGGCCACUUCCAAACAUGUCGAACGUUCAGCUAUUAGGUCUUUUUCCAGAUGCUGAAAACAUAUCUGAACCGACCGAAUUUUCAGUUCACCCGUGUGCUAUGUUUAAGGCUGCAUUAGUCCUGUCACAACAAUAUAAUAUGAAAAUUGAUGGACAAUUCAUUGGAUGGCACGCAGCACAAACUGGUGGGAAUGCUAUAGGUGCUCUGAGUGGUACAUGUCAAGCAGUAGCCACUGCAAACGUUAUUGGUAUUGUUGGACCGGCAUAUUCCAGAGAAGCUAGUAUUAUUGCUGCUUUUGCUCAUUUAGGUAAUAUUCCUGCAAUAUCAUAUUCUGCAACUAAUCCUGUUUUAUCGGAUCGAAAUGCAUAUCCUAACUUUUAUCGCACAGUUUCAUCGGAUGCUGCUGUUGCAUUAGCAAUUGUAAAAUUAUUUGCUCGAUAUAAUUGGACAUCUUGCAUAAUUAUUUAUCAAAAUGAUGAAUUUGGAUCAGGUGGUGCAGAAGUAAUAAGUAAUGCAUUUAGUAAGAACAAUUUGAGAGUUAGUGAAUUAGUAGUGUUUGAUAUUGCGACACAGCAUAUUCGAGGUGAUUUAAAAGAUAUUUUAUUAACGACUUUUACACGAAUUAUCAUAGUAUGGGCUGAUGAAUAUCAUACAUCUUUAAUUUUACAAAAUGCACUUAAUUUUGAUGUACUUGGUCCACGUUUUACAUGGAUAUUAAGUAUAAGAGUUUCGUUGAAUUCUUUCAAUCAAACAUUACAGACAAAAUUAAUUGGAAUGCUUAUUUUAGAACCAGUAAUAGGAAGUGUUGUUAAUGCACCAUUCAAUACAACAUUAUUAAAUGCAGCUUAUCAGAUUUGGCAGCAAUAUGAGCCUGAAACAUUUCCUGGAUCAACAAAAGUAAAUUAUUAUGCAUUAUUUGCAUUUGAUGCAACUUGGACAUUGAUACAAGCAUUACAACAACUUUGUUUAACACGUACAAAUAGUUCUUCUCCAUGUAUAUCAAUUGUUAACAAUUCAUUCUGUUUCGAUCGUCGUUUUUCAAAUGCCACUUCAUUUUUUCAUACGAUUAGUAUCACAGAGUUUCUUGGCGUAUCUGGUCCAGUAAAAUUUAGUGCCAAUCUAACAGAUAGAAUAGAUGGAAUUUAUUAUGUCAUACAAAAUGUUCAACCUUCUACGAAUGGUAUAGAAUUGGUGCCAGUAUUGCAAUGGUCUUAUUCUGAUGAUUGGAAAACAUAUACACAAGCUGAUGUUAUCAUAUGGCCUGGUAAUACAUUAGUACCUCCUACUGGCUUUGCUGGACUUGAGGGUAUAAACUUACGAAUUUGUAUUAUUGAAUCAAUACCAUUCACAAUGCAAAAAAAUAUCAUUGAACAAAAUCAAACAAAGUUAAUUGGUUAUCUACCUGAUCUUAUUGAUAUUCUACAAAUUAGGAUGGGAUUUAUUCCUCAUUUUAUAUAUCCACCAGCAAAUCAGACUUAUGAUGGAUUAGUUGAAGCAGUAGCAAAUAGUGUUUGUGAUGUUGCAAUUGGUGAUAUUACUGUUACUGCUAGGCGAAGAGAAAUAGUUGAUUUUUCAACUUCAAUAUUUGACAAUGCUAUUCGAAUUAUUGUUAGACAAACAGCAACUGUUAAUGUUGAUCUUUUAUCCUAUUUAAAACCAUUUUCACUUAAUCUAUGGUUGACACUCUUGGUUUGCACCGUUUAUGCUGCUGUCUUACUUUGUGUAUUAGAACGGCACGAUAAUGAAGCAUUGCAAAAUAGAUCAAUAAUGUCAUCUAGUGCAAUGAGUAUGUGGUAUUCUAUUGGUACUAUUAUGGGAUAUGGUGCUGAUUUUCAUGUUCAAACAGCUGCCGGACGAUUAUUAAGUAUAGGUUUAUAUCUCUUAAGUCUGGUAUUAGUAGCAACAUAUACUGCAAAUUUAGCAUCCGAUUUAACAAUAUCAAAAUCAAAAGACUUUAUCUCUGGCAUUGAUGAUAUCAAAAAUGGAAAGUUACCAUUUAGUCGUAUUGGUAUCCUUAUUGAAUCAUCACAAGAAGACUAUUAUUUGCAUGAAAUUUCUGGAGGUGUUCGUAAUUAUUAUCCAUUGAAAACACAAGAUGAAUUAUAUAGUAGUUUAUUAAAUAAUUUAAUUGAUGCAUCGAUUUUAGAUAUUGGUGCUGUGGAAUAUUUUACUAAUAAUAUAUAUUGUAAUUUAACACUUGUUGGCGCAACUUUUGCCCCAAGUUCAUAUGGUAUUGCUUAUCAUAAACAAUGGUUGUACGGAAAAGAUUUAGAUGUCAUUAUAUUAUCAUUAAGAGAAUCAGGUGUUCUUGAUGAUUUAAAAAAGAAAUGGUUUGAAAAAAGUAUUUGCCAAGAUUUAUCUUUAUCUCAUGUGUCUACUAGUAUCAACAUUGAAGCUAUGAGUGGUUUAUUUUUUACUUUUGGCAUUAUCAGCAUUUUAUCGUUAGUGCUAUUUAUAUGGAAAAAACGAUUUGUUAUAAAUGAUUAUCUGACAAGAUCAAUACGUCGAAAGAAUUCUUUAAUUCAACAGAAGGUCUAUAAAACAAGAUAUCCAAUGGAAAUUUUGUCUAAACGCACACAGAACUCACAAUUAUCUUGGCUUGAUAUUACAAAAAUGUAA